AUGCGCAAGCUGCACAUUGUUGUCGCCGGAUUUACGUGCACUUUCAAUGGCAACCUCGGUUCAUCAAUGCCGUCAGGUGCUCUUGACGCCAUUAGCGAGGAAUUCGGGGUAUCCAGCCGUGUCCACCUUAUCCUUCUCAAUUCGCUCUUCAUGUGCGGAUACGUUCUCGGUCCUUUGCUUUUUGGGCCACUAAGCGAGUACGUUGGGAGACGUCCGGUGCUUAUUGGGACGUAUUUGGGAUAUUUCAUUUUCAUUCUCGCUUGCUCAGGCGCUCCUAACUACUCGGCACUGCUCGUCUUCCGUCUGCUUUCUGGCAUUAAUGCGGCUGCGCCGACGACCGUCAUUGGCGGGCUCUAUGCCGAUAUUCUCGACAACCCAGCUGUCAGAGGAAACGCCAUGGCGGUAUACAUGUCGGUCACAACUGUCGGUCCCCUCAUCGGACCGAUUGUUUCGGGCUUCUCGUCUCCGGUUUCGUGGCGCUGGCCGUUCUGGAUUGCUGGAAUCAUUGCCGCCUGCGGAUUGCCCCUUGUGCUUAUACUCCCUGAGACGUACGCGCCCGUUCUUCACAAUAAGGCUGCAAAGAAACAAAUGAAGAGGAAUAACGACAUGGAGGGAAAGCAGCAACAACACCUCAAGCUGAAGCCCUUCGAAGUCCGGAAGAUCUUCCUUCGGCCCAUGAAGCUUCUUUUUACCGAACCGAUUCUUCUAUUUACUUCCGCGUACCUCACACUUGCCUACGCCGUGUUUUAUCUCCUGUUCCAAGCGUAUCCAGUCAUUUUUCAGGGCUUCUACGAUUUAUCGCCGGGAAUGGCUGGUCUUGCAUUUCUUCCAGUGGUUCUUGGUGUCUUCUUGGCUCUUGCUACGUUUUGGACAUGGACCUGGUACCAUGAUCGUCAAAGCAAAGCAGGCGCGAAAUGGGCCCAAAAGCCUAUCAACCGUAGAUUGCCUCUGGCAUGUAUGGCUGCUCCUCUAAUGGUGAUUGCGCUAUUCUGGCUCGGAUGGACCGUAUGGCCGUCGACAUCUCCUGUCGUGCCCAUGCUCAGCGGAGUCCUCUUCGGAUGGGGGUUUAAUUUGCUCUUCAUGGGGAUGAUCAACUACUUGACAGAUGUCUUCCGACAAUACUCUGCAUCAGCGCAUGCGGCCGCCAGCAUGACGCGCUCGAUUGGUGCAAUUCUACUGCCUCUUGCGGCUAGCAGCAUGUACGCUAAUUUAGGUGUUCACUGGGCACCUUCAGUCCUUGGGUUCAUUGCCUUGGGGAUGGGCGUGAUUCCCUUUUUCUUCGUCAAGUUUGGAGACCGCCUCGCAAGAAGUAGCAAGACGGCGCGGGAAGCCUUUGAUAUUGAGGACUGA